GCCACACCUCUUACCAGAGCAUGUUUCAGCCUGUGGGGCAGAAUCUGAUUCAGUUCAUUAUGGACUGACUUAAGAGAGACCAUCCACGCAAGGGAGACAUUUCAAGAGCCGGACAGCGUGGAGAGCAGCAGCGGGCUAACUGAAUCCAUCGCAGGGAGGCAUCAAGUCCCGGAAAGGAACAAAACUCCUUCCAGCAUGAACAACUUGGAUCUUACCCCCACGCCUACCGCUGCCGAUGAAACAGAUGGUAACGAGAACCCUGUGAGCAAUGACGUCUCCACGGCCUUGGGUGCUCUCAUCCUCGGCUUGGUCUUCCUCCUGGGAGUCCCUGGCAACCUCUUCAUCGUCUGGAGCAUCCUGGCGCGCAUCCGGCAACGCUCCGUCACCACCAUCCUCAUCCUCAACCUGGCGUGCGCCGAUGGCUUCAUCAUGGCCCUCACCAUCUUCAUCGUUAUCUACCUGGCCAUGCAGUCAUGGGUCUUUGGUCAAGUCAUGUGCAAAGGCGUGUUCUACCUAUGCAACUCCAACAUGUACGCCUCCAUCUUUCUGAUCACACUGAUGAGCGUGCACAGGCUGGUGGCCGUGGUGUUCCCGAGUAGACUGUCCUCCCUGGUCAGCAGGAAGAUUGUGAGGACGGUGAUCGUAUGCAUGUGGCUGCUGGUGAUGGUGUUUUCUGUUCCCUCACUGGUGUUUCGAGACGUGAUAAAGAACAAAGACAAGCACAAUAUAACAAGAUUAGUGUGUGUGCCCCAUCACAGCCGGUCUCGAUAUGUAAAGUUUCAGUAUGCCUUUGAGACAGUGGUGGGAUUCAUUCUUCCUUAUACAGUCAUCAUAAUCAGCUACGUCCUCAUCCUGAAACGCCUGAGGCAGACCAAGUUCCAUCGAAAGAUGCGCAGCGAGAAACUCAUCCUGGCUAUCGUGGUGACGUUUGGCCUUUUCUGGCUGCCAUACCAUGUUGUCAACAUGAUACAGGUGGCAGCUGUGUCUUACCCACACAAUUCAACCACACGAACAAAUUUGGACCAUAUCUCUCAGUCCAGUCGUGCAGUGACCUCGGCUUUGGCCUUCAUCAGCAGCUGUGCUAAUCCUAUCCUCUACACCUUUGCUGGGAAGUCCUACAUCAAGCAGAGUGGCCUUGCCUUCAUGGCUCGGCUCUUUGAGGACCAAACAGAAAACAAAAAGAGUCGGAUCAUGGGUAAAGACAAAGUGGUAACCAGCAAUGUUGACUCUGCAAACAGCACAGGAACUCCUACUAUACAAAAAGGGAGCAGAGCUUAAAAUGAACUUUGUGCUAGUGCUCUGAAAGGGAAAAUACUUUAAACUACAUGUGGAGUCUGUUGAUUUUGCAUAAAGCAACAUUUGAGCCUAAAUUUUCUCUGUGCAGCUUUGAGUUGACUGUCAAGUUUUGUGUUUUGGAGGAAAAGUGGUCCAGACAGGCUUCCUAUAGAGAUUUCUAAUCAAUUUAAAAACAACCAAUCUUGGAUAUGCUAUAGGAGUCCUCCAAAAGAAAGACUAGCCACCAUCUCUCAGAGGGACACUAAUCACUCCCACAGACCUAUGUCGCUGCUUAAAACAGAUAGCAAAAUCUUAGGCAAGACUUUUUUGAGAAGCCUUGAAGGGUUACUGCCGUUCAUGAUGAAAGAUGACCCAAACGGCUUUAUACAUGGGAGGCAGGCUUUUCAUAAGUGAAGGCUUUCGGCUGAAUUGAGUGGAAGCACCUGUAUAAAGUGUAUAAAGACUUCCUCAAGCGAAUUAGCACCAUACAUCGCCCUUCUCAUUGUACAGAUCUACAUGCCAAGGUUGCCCUCUCUCUCCAUUGCGAUUUGUAGUAGCAGUGGAGCCAUUUGCUAUGGCUAUUAGAGACUCUCCAUCUAUAUCAGGGAUCUCAGUGGGUCACUCAGAAUAUCAAAGAUCUCUUUACGCAGAUGAUGUUUAAAAUAAACCUUGAGUAUUCAGUGCCAUCUCUGUUAGACUUGAUUAAGAGUUUUGGGGAGUUGUCAGGCGAAAAAACAAAUUGGAAGAAAUCCUAAAUACUAUAGCUAAAUGAACACGAGAGGCAGCAACCUAGAAUACAGACUCCAUGGAAGAGACAGAUGCUGGUUUAAAGUCAGUAAUGUCAUUUACUGAACUACCAGAAACAUCUGAUAUUCCUUCGAUGUUAUUUACAUUUUUACAAAUAAGACAUUUUAUCUCUGUAUAUCAAAACCACUAACUUCCUCACCCUUCUCAGUGCUGGAUUACAGUGAAACACGUUGGUCUAAUGUUCUUCUAAUGCUCUAAUGUUUGUAGACAAGUCGUCUGAGUCAUCAGAAGAUAAACUUAAAAGCUGGAGGCUAUAGUUACAGGAGGAAAUAAUAGACUUGUAUUUAAGAAAGCAAUAGCUAUAUAAUGGAAAAAUGUGAACAAAGUCUGAAUCAAUAUAUUAAGGAUCUAUCAACAUGUGUUGCUAUGGAAAAACGAGCAUGCAUUACUAAAGGAAAGUUGGGAGUUUUUAAAAAUAAAUUGUUGGUACUGAUCAAUCAAGCCAAUGACUGGGGCGGGGCAACUGGAAUAAGAUUAUCAAGUGUAAUAGCCCCUAUUUUAAUUUUAUUUAUGUACAUUGUAAUUACUGCAACAUCUGUAUAUUCACCUGUUUUUACUAUUUUUAUUUACCUAUUCAUUUGAUGGUAUUCUGUAUUUGCUGCCACUAUCAACCAUUUUGUUGUAAUGUAAUGUGUAUAUAUAUAUUUUUAAACAAAAGUAUUGUGUUGAAAGAAAGACCAGUUUGACUGGAAGUCUGCGGUGCAGGCACAAGAAAUACAGCAACCAAUCUAGGAUAUGCUAUUGGAGUCAACAAUACAAAAGAUCAACCAGCCACCAUCUCUCAGAGGAGCACUUGUCAAUCCAAUGUCGCUGCUUAAAACAAAUAGCAAACUUUAGGCAAGACCGUCCAUGAUCAAAGACGACCGAAACAGCUCCAUCCAGGAGAGGCAGGCUUUUCAUAAGAGAAGGCUUUCGACUGAGUUGAGUGGAAGCAUCUGUUUGAAAUGUUGGAUAGGUUUUUAAAAAAGAUUUGUUACAAGAAACACAAGUUUGACUGGAAGUCAGUGAUGCAGGUACAAGUAAAUUAUAACUGACCUGUGUAUCAACUGUAAUUAUUUACACACUUCUAUUUAGCAUUUGCAAGAAAUACAGACAUUUAACAUUGUUUAGAACACCAGUGUACUUUUACAGAUGACAAGUAUUCAAAGUUAUCAAUGUACAGUAUUUGUACACACCCUGCACUCCGUUUUGUACUAGAUUGUUUAUAAUGAAAACCUACAUUAAAUCUUGAGGCACUCUGUCCAA